UCCCAGGAAACAGGCGGCUGGCGGGAGACACGGCCGAGAAGAGAGUGCGGGGCUGGCAGCCGGACGGGUGGGCCCUUGGUGCCACGAGGGAAGGCCAAGGGCAAAGGUGGCCCAGACUCCAGGGGCUCCCAGCUCCUCCCUGCUGGGGUCCCCCGGCCCUGCCCUGCAGACCACCACCCUCCGUGUUCCCGGCCCCCCAGGCUGCUCAUGGGGAACCGGGCCUCGGGGCUGGGCUGCCUGGGGAAGGGCGGGCACCGCCCCAGGGCCAGCCCCGGGGCUCUUGGGGGCCCCUCCCCACCAGCAGCUCCCCAGGGCCCACCCCCACCCCCGCCGGGGACCUCCCGGGCCUUCUGGGGCCCCUGGGCCGUGGAGGUGACCGAGGUGACAGAGGUGACGGAGACGGUGGUGACAGAGAUGGUGGUGACGGAGGCUGUGGAGGCGCCCCCGGGGCCCCUGGACGCUCUCCGCAGCUGGCUGGACGGCAUGGAGGAGCUGCAGGCCUCGCAGGCGCCCCCGGCCCCCGACGCCGCGGCGGCCGCUGCCCAGCUGCGGGAGCAGGAGCUGCUCCGGCGCCUGCUCGGGGAGCGGGCGCUGCAGGUGGAGCGGGCGCUGCGGGAGGCAGGGAGCCCGGCGGAGCAGCUGCAGGCCCGGUGGGACCGCCUGGUGCAGCGGGCAGAGGCCAGGUGUGCGCUCCUGGAGCAGCUGCUGCCGGCCGCCCAGCGCUUCAAGGAGGCCCGAGGGGCACUGCUGGUGCCACUGACCCCAGGCGAGCGGCCCCCAGCCCAGCUCGGGCAGGGCCAGGAGGGGCCUCAAGGCGGAGAGGGGGCCACAGGGCCCCUGCAGGUACAGCCCGGGGCCCGGGGCGGGGCGGGGGCGCCGGCCUCGGGCUCAGUGGGCGUGUGUUCGCAGGAGGUGUGUGCGGGGGCCGUGGCCUGCGAGGGGGGCCUGGACAGGGCCCUGGAGGCCGGCUGGAGGCUGCUGGCGCUGCUCGCCGAGGACGACGAGCUGCCGGCGAGGGAGCAGCUGGAGCGGCUCCAGGGUUUGGCGCAGCUGACGGGGGACGCCGUGCGUGCCCAGCGGGCACUGCUGCGUGGCCUGGGCACAGUGUCCACAGAGCCCUCGCCCCCCGCAAGCCUGGGAGCCCCGCUGGAACUGGCCGGGGCAGCCUCGGAGUGUCAAGGGUCCGAGGACCAGGAGCAGCUGCGGGCCCAGCUGGCCGGGCUGGCGGAGCGGCUGGAGCGGCUGGCUCAGUGGGCAGAGGCCCCUGGCCAGGUGGGGGCACACACGGAGUCCACCCAGGAGCCGCACCCGCCACUGGGCGCCCCAGGGCCCUCAGAGCUCGCCGCGGUGGGGACUGGCGACCAGGCCCAGGACGGGGGUUCUAGGGCUCCAGCUGCGUUCUGGUCGGAGGUUUGGGAGGAGGACACUGGGCUGAAGGCCACCUGGGGGCCGGCAGCGCUGAUCUGGUGGGGCCUGGCAGAGCCCGCGGCCGGCGAGGAGGGGCUGCAGCCUGAGGGCGGCUGGGCCCGAGCCCUGGAGGUGCUCUGGAGGGGCUGCCUGAGCAGCUUACACAGCGGCAGCUGGCGGCUGGCGGUUGUAGGGGGCACGGGGCUGGGCCUUCGAGGGCGGUGA